AUGGUCUCUAUCAAGGCCAUUUACACUGCCCUGGUCCUUCCAGUCCUCAUGGUCACGGCGGCUCCCGUCGAUGAUCUACCCAUCGCGAAGGAUGGCACUGAUAUUAGCCCUCUUGCCGUUAAGGCGUCCAUUACCUAUUGCGAGCACACCAAUUGGAAUGGGCAGUGUGAGACCAGGCUCCAGCCUCUGACCGAGUGCUACAACUUGCCCUCCUCGUGGAAUGACCGCAUCAGUUCCAUCCGGAACGAUAGCCGGAGUUCUUACAAGUGCACUUGGUAUGAGCACGGCAACUGUCAGGGUCGUUCGUAUGACAACCAGAACGAUGCCAAUCUAGCCGAUGGGGAUGGCUUCUUCAACGACCGCAUUAGCAGCUGGUCGUGCAAGUACAAAUAA